AACUGCCAUGGCAACCAUAACUCCCCUCUUGUUUCCCCUUCUUUUCCUCACCCUUUCAGGUGGUAUGUUGACUCUUGCAAAAGGACAAGCAUCUGGGCAGGGAGCUUGGUGUGUAGCGAAACCAUCGGCUACAGAUGAAGAACUUGAGCAAAACAUCAAUUUUGCUUGUGCUUUUGUGAACUGUAACGUGAUACAACCAGGCGGGGCUUGUUAUGAUCCACAAACACUCUCAAGCCAUGCUUCGGUUGCCAUGAAUCUUUACUACCAAAAACAAGGAAGAAAUUAUUGGAAUUGCGAUUUCAGGAAAUCCGCGCUCAUCAGUGUGAUCGACCCAAGCUACGAUAAUUGCAAGUAUGAGUAUGCGUAAUAGUUUCGUGUUAUGAAUUGGAGAAGUUUUUAUGU